UAUUCCUGUGGUUAAAAUUACUUUGCAAAUUAUACAGAAUUCUUGCUAAGUGUAAAACUGUAAUUGUAAUUUCCUCUGAUACUGCUUAUUAAUAACUGUAAUUUUUGAUCUGUGAAACGAUCGGUGCAAGGCCAGGGAAUGAAGAAACAAAUGUGAUAACAGUGUUAAACCGAGUCAGUCACACACGAACCGUGUAAUUCAAGAUUUCCCACUGCGAUUUGACCAGAAUUGCGUCAAUGGCUCGACUUGCAUAACGAGCACGUUUUCCGUCCGACCGAUAUUGCCCUAACUAACGCUAUCUUUAAUUAUUUUGUCGAGUGAUUAUCUAGUGUCACUCGACAAUGACGAACUUCGAGCUAUAAAUAAAAACUUCAUAUUCCAUAAUAUUGUUCUUCAGAAAUCUGAUGUAAGAUGUAUGAAUUUCAUAUAUGUAUGUAUUACAUUUGAAUGUACCGCUGUUCCUUAGAUCGUUAGAAGUACUUAUAAAAAAAUGUUCGAGAAAUUUCCUAAAGGUGACAAAUUGUGUAUAUAAGUAUUAGAGCAGAUUGGUAGCGAGGAUCAUACGAGUGCCGAAACGCGUAGAAACACAAUUGUCAACACAACAGUCUCCAUCGCUGACCGUUAGUUUAAAAUUAAGCUCAUUGAAUUUAUCGGUGAUAGUUAUCUUAAUUUUAAAGGAAACGUGAAAGAAAUUCUUGUUACACAAUUGUUAAUCAAAAAUAAUAUAUCCAGAACUAAUAAAGCGAAAAGACUUGGAAGAAGAAAAAACGGUUUAAUAAAGAAGAGGAAUCACCGAGUGAGAAUCACAUUUCACUAAUAGUUAAAAUGAGGUAAGAGACAUUUGUAUCAACAGUAAUUUUUAUAAAGAUUCGAGAAAAUUUUCGAAUACUGAGCAAUCCAACGUCUUACCAUAAAAAACUUAUCAACAAGCAGGCAACCUGUUUACGCCAGCAGCUAACAAUAAUUAACAGAACGAUUUGAAAAUAGCCCGCAUGAAAUGUUAAGCCGAUUAGUCGUUACAUCAUGUUCUAUUAGAAUACUGAUUAGGAAUUAGCUUCCCUUAAAUCAUUCACUGCUCAUUUAUUUCUGCAACUUUACGCAUAAAUCAAAUUGUGAAAUCCCAUAAUUUCGUAUCAUUGGUUUACAUUCUACGAUAAUAAUGCGAACGUUGGAACGUAGUUCCAGAAAGGCAGUAGCGAGCAAGAAGAGGUCUGGUAAGAAGUCGGGCUCCUGUUGCUCCAGUAGCAGGUACUACUCGGAUGACACAGACAGCCCUUACUACACAUCAGACAGUGACUCGGAGGACAGUUGCGAGUGUUCAAGCUGCGAUUGUUACGACUGCGACUGCGGCAGCCCUUCGCCACGAAGGCGAAAAGGAAAAGGAAAAUCGAAACAGAAAACUAAAUCCACUAGCUCGACUAAGAAAUCGGCCAAGCCCAAGUCGUCCAAGACGUCGUCGUGCUGUAGCAAACCGUCGAAGAAAAGGACCUCUCGACGCAGUUGGACGUCAUCGUCUUCGUCAUCGGACUCGUCCGACAGCGACUCGUCGGGCUCGUACAGCAGCAGCGAUGGAGGCUGUUGUUGCUCGGUACCGAAAGCCUAUCGCAAAUUGAAAACCUGAACUCAUCCCUGAAUUUCAUCGCUUCGGUUACUCGUAAAAUAAAAUAAAAUUAAAAAUCUCACUUUUACUAUUUCCACGCUGGACGUUUAAUUAUUAACUUAUUUUAUACUGGUAAUAAUGUAUUGUUUUAUUUUAUAUAUUUGAUAUUGUACGAAUAGAGACUUAGUUGUAAGUGAUAAAAUGCAUCAGUAGUAGAUCUAUGGUUAUAUAUAAAAUAUGUGAUGUAAAUUAUGUAAGUAAUAAAGGAAA